UUCUACUUCCGCUGUACGCCUCGGCUCUGUCAAUUCCACAUCCGGUCGAGUUGUUUGCAAAAUGGCGGCAACACCGGCUUCAAACCCGUCACACUUGUUACCCCUCGAGCUGGUGGAUAAAUGUAUCGGCUCCCGGAUCCACAUCGUCAUGAAAAACGAUAAAGAGAUCGUGGGAACCUUGCUGGGGUUCGAUGAUUUUGUCAACAUGGUGCUCGAGGAUGUCACCGAGUUUGAGAUCACACCUGAGGGACGACGGAUAACAAAACUGGAUCAGAUUCUCCUCAAUGGAAAUAACAUCACCAUGCUGAUCCCUGGAGGAGAAGGACCAGAAGUGUGAAGAGAUCCACAAGAGAUCAUCGUUCAUUUUUAUUUGUAUUUUUUUCCACAUAUAUUUGAGUGAUGUAUUUUUUUUAUAUAUAUAUAUAUGUAUAAAACCCGUCCUCUGUCUGAGUUAGUGUGAUGUCUGAUUGUGUAUCAGAAUGAAGAGUUGAGUUACUCAUUACACACUGGACACGGUUCUGUUCGGUUAUUAUUAAAUAAAGCUCAAAGACUUUUGUGGAGUCUGA